GCGGUGGCCAAUGGACGCAUUCGGAACAUCGGCGGCUGCCCGGGUGACUCGGUUAUAUGUCACAGAAUAACAUUCGAGAAUGGGACAUGGAAUGAGGCGACGGCCGCAGCAAACCCCAGCAGCCCCAGCCCCAGCCCCAGGCCCAGCAGCAGCAGCAGCCUCAGCCGCAGCCCCCGCUGUCCCGCCUCCCGGAGAGGCUCUGCAGCCAUGAAGCGGACUGUCCCGAGGCACCGCCGGUAGGCAGUGAGCCUCCGCGGAGCUCCCGCCGCCGCUCCCCCUUGGCGCGUCCUGCCGCAGCGAAAGGCAUGGAGAAGGCCGCCCCCGCGGGGCUCUGAUCCCCGCGCUGCGCCCGCACGCACCCCGCAGCAGCCUCCGCCGCGCGCCCCCAGCACCUCGCUCCCCGCCCAGGCCCCACCAUGACCGGCUCCGCGGCCGACACUCACCGCUGCCCCCACCCGAAAGGCGCCAAAGGCACCCGGUCCCGGAGCAGCCACGCGCGGCCCGUGAGCCUCGCCACCAGCGGGGGCUCGGAGGAGGAGGACAAAGACGGUGGGGUGCUGUUCCACGUUAACAAGAGCGGCUUCCCCAUCGACAGCCACACCUGGGAGCGCAUGUGGAUGCACGUGGCCAAGGUGCACCCCAAGGGAGGAGAAAUGGUGGGCGCCAUCAGGAAUGCCACCUUCUUGGCAAAGCCUUCAAUACCCCAGGUCCCAAACUACAGGCUGUCGAUGACGAUCCCAGACUGGCUCCAGGCGAUCCAGAAUUACAUGAAAACACUACAAUACAAUCACACAGGGACCCAGUUCUUUGAAAUUAGGAAAAUGAGACCGCUGAGUGGGUUAAUGGAAACAGCAAAAGAAAUGACCCGAGAGUCCUUGCCUAUCAAAUGCCUUGAAGCUGUCAUCCUGGGCAUCUACUUAACCAAUGGACAGCCUUCCAUCGAGCGCUUCCCCAUCAGCUUUAAAACCUACUUCUCAGGAAACUACUUUCACCAUGUUGUGCUGGGGAUUUACUGCAAUGGCCGCUAUGGCUCACUGGGCAUGAGCCGAAGGGCUGAGCUGAUGGACAAGCCUUUGACCUUUCGGACUCUGAGUGACCUCAUCUUUGACUUUGAGGACUCCUACAAGAAAUACCUGCACACAGUCAAGAAGGUCAAGAUUGGGCUGUACGUCCCCCAUGAGCCUCAUAGCUUCCAACCCAUUGAGUGGAAGCAGCUGGUCCUCAAUGUCUCAAAGAUGCUGAGGGCUGACAUAAGGAAGGAGCUGGAGAAAUACGCCAGAGACAUGAGAAUGAAGAUCCUGAAACCUGCAAGUGCCCACUCUCCGACCCAAGUGAGAACCCGGGGAAAAUCCCUGUCCCCCAGAAGGAGACAGGCAAGCCCCCCGAGAAGGCUCGGCAGGCGAGACAAGUCGCCUGCACUGCCUGAAAAGAAGGUGGCUGAUCUGAGCACUCUGAAUGAAGUGGGCUAUCAAAUCCGAAUUUAGCCAAGCCAUACCGGCCAGCAAGAGGGUUUCUGUGGUGCUUCUCUCUGCACUUUACCCAGCAUCUUCAGGAGGAACUGCAACUAUUUAUUAAGAACUUGUGAAUUUUAUUUUUAAGGAUUCACCUGGAAAUAGAAUCUGAGUGGGUGGUAACCAUUAGCUUUAAAAAAUUCACUAAGAGGCACCAUGAAAAGGCUGAAGUAAUAAACCCCACUGGGGUUGGACUACGUCCCUCACUCGAGAUCUUAAGGAUAACAACCAUAACCGUUGUUUUAUGUUUUUCCAUUUACCUACUUUCUUGUCCUUGCUUGGAACACUAUGCCUCACCAAUAGUAAAUGUUCACGAAAUCAUCUCUUGAACUUUUGGUAUAGUAAGGUAACUCAAACAGUAUUACUGUCUUUUUCAGCAAUAACAGAAAGCAAAAAUGGGUGGGUUUUUUUAAAGCAGUUAAUAUUACCUCAGCAUUUUGACAUCAGAUAUGCAAAGUUAACGGUGGUUUUUGUUUUUUUAUAUUCUAUUUGUAUUCUUUCCCCAGUAUUUCCCAUGGGGAUCUCCCAAGCUGGGAGUUUUUCCUGGUGCACACACACGAUGAGAUUUAAGGUAUUAUACACAAGCGUUUUACUAAAGGCACUGAAAUUCUUCUGGCAAUACAAGAAUCACUUUCAGGAUCUUGGAGUUACUUCCUCCUUAAUCUUUUUUAAGGCAUUCAGAUGUUUUUGUUUUUUCAAAACGAAACAAAAAUAUCAUAUUGAGAAGCUGGUCUAUGUUCUGUCACUAACAUUUAAACUUUGCAGAAUCUAGCAAAAAGCACAAGAGGUCAUGCACUAUUACACAAAUUUGGCACUACUGGAUUACCUCUGACAGUAACACACUCAGGCAAAGAGACCAGGAGUGAUCAGCAGGUCUUCAGAACCAAAUAACCUUUCUGUUCACAUUUCAUCUGAUUUUCAACUGAGGCAGGCUUUGAUUCUCCUGAAGGACACAAAGAAUCCAACUAAGGGAAGGUUCAAUGUUAAAGAUGCGUUCUGAUGUCUUAUAUUAAGACCAAAUGUGACAUGCUGUGAUGAUCUUCCAGUACCUUGCUUUUAGGUACCACUUCAUGAUAUUUUAGGAACAAAUAUUGGAAAAUAUAAUGAAUUAGAAAAGCAGAAUUUUUUUUUUUAAUGGAAAAGUCUUCCAAUCCAGUGUUACACCUUAUAGUGUGAUUCAGUCCCUAAGCACAGAACGAAUGUCUGGCCUGCAUAUGGUAGUUACAGUGUAACCUCUGGCUGCAGACCACACAGGACGGCCCUACCCGCAUAGUCUGGUAUGGUAUAAAUAUCAAGAGUACAGCUUCAAUUUCAUUUGCUUUAUCUUAGCAACAGUGCCAACUCCUGAGACCAAAUGGCCGACUUAAGUGAAGUCUGGGAGUCAACAAAUGUUUUUUUUAGUCUUAGUGCAACUCCUCUGGCUUUAACUGAAGGUGUUUAUAAGAAGGGAGUUUAAAAAAAUCUGCUUAUUGAGAUUCUUUACCAAUUUUUUUUUUUUUUUUUUUGAGAUGGAGUUUCACUGUUGUUACCCAGGCUGGAGUGCAAUGAUGCGAUCUUGGCUCACCACAACCUCCGCCUCCUGGGUUCAGGCAAUUCUCCUUGCCUCAGCCUCCUGAGUAGCUGGGAUUACAGGCAUGUGCCACCAUGCCCAGCUAAUUUUUUGUAUUUUUAGUAGAGACGGGUUUCACCAUGUUGACCAGGAUGGUCUCAAUCUCUUGACCUCGUAAAUCCGCCCGCCUCGGCCUCCCAAAGUGCUGGGAUUACAGGCUUGAGCCACCGUCCUUACCAAUUCUUUACAAGAUUUCUGGAGGUGACCUGGAAAACAAAAGGACUUCAUCCUUCAGCUAUGUGCACAAGGGCUUACUUCACCCUAAAAAUCAGUAUUAUUAAUGAAAAACACUGUUUUCUUAAAAAAAAGAAGUCUAAUGUCAUUGAGAUGAACGAGACCAACUAUACAUCUUCAUUUGAUUAAAAUGCAGCACAGGCUGGGCGCCGUAGCUCAUGCCUGUAAUCCUAGCACUUUGGGAGGCCAAGGGUGACGGAUCACGAGGUCUAGAGAUCGAGACCAUCCUGGCCAUGGUGAAACCCUGUCUCUACUAAAAAUACAAAAAUUUGCCGGGUGUGGUGGCACACGCCUGUGGUCCCCGCUACUCAGGAGGCUGAAGCGGAAGAAUCACUUGAACCCAGGAGGUGGCGGUUGCAGUGAGCCGAGAUUGAGCCACUGCACUCCAGCUUGGCAACAGAGCAAGACUGUCUCAAAAAAAAAAAAAAAUGCAGCACAGAGUUAAAAAUUCUGUUUAAUCUCUUCAAGAACAGUAUUAUCAGAGUUUAAAAUCCAUUUAUCUUCACACAGCAAACCCAUUUGCGGCCUCUUGGCCAGAUGUAUUCACAUUUGAAAUAGUGAUCAUUUCAUUUUAUUCUAAAACAGUACUGUUUUAGCCAUGUACCUUCUGUUUAUCAUUCUGAAAUUUGAUUACAUCUAAUAAGUAGAACUCUCAUAACACUGAAACCAUUCUAAAAGUUGGAAUUUAUUUUUACCAAGUAUUAAGUCCUGUCACAUCUAAAAUACAGAAUGUCAAACGGUUGCAUGGCUUGUUUCCCACAAGGAGGAAAAUAACGGGAAUGUAAACUCUGGAAUACGCUGAUAUAGAAGCCUUAAAAUUGCCGACGGGCUUGAUGGUUCAAUUGGUAAGCUAAUUUCUUCCACCCCCGAUUCUUGAUUUUCAGACCCAUUUUCCCAAAGCAAGGUUUAGUCACACAAACAUGAAAGUAUAUUUAAAACGUUCUUGGCCGGGCGCGGUGGCUCACGCCUGUAAUCCCAGCAAUGUGGGAGGCCGAGGCGGGUGGAUCAAAAGGUCAAGAGAUCGAGACCAUCCUGGUCAACAUGGUGAAACCCCGUCUCUACUAAAUAUAUAAGAAAAAUUAGCUGGGCCUGGUGGCGCGUGCCUGUAAUCUCAGCUACUCGGGAGGCUGAGGCAGGAGAAUUGCCUGAACCCAGGAGGCGGGGGUUGCAGUGAACCGAGAUCGCGCCAUUGCACUCCAGCCCGGGUAAAAAGAGCGAAACUCCGUCUCAAAAAAAAAAAAAAUGUUCUUAGUUGUCAUUCUACUUUUAUUGCCUAUGGAAUAUGUUAAUUUCUAAAAAAUAUGGGAAAGGCACCAAACCCCUAAAUUCUAGUGCAAUGAUUUAAUUAAGGGAAAGAAAACCCCAACAUGUUUUAUGCACCCCAUCCCAAAGCUGAUUUUAAGACUGGCUAGAAUUCAAAAUAUAAAACUGUGAAGUGAUUUGAAAUCAUUUUUAAAAAGUUAUUAGUGCAGGUGAAAUUUUAUGUUUAGGCCAUCAUGGCAAUACAUGCAAAGUUUAAAUGAAUGACAGAAAUCUUGAUUUUAGACUAUAUGUUGUGCUGUUUUGAGUACACUUUAUUUCAGAAAGUGAUAUUUAGUAUUUUCUAUACACUCUGAAAUCAUGAGCAUUUCACUUUUUCUAAGUCAAUUAUUUCAUAAGGAUUUUAUUAAUAGAUACUGGUAAAUAGAACUUUGGAAAUCUUAAUUCAGAAUUCUUACUAUACCUGAGGCUUUUGUAAGCUAUAGUUUUAUGUACAACCCUGUACAGUUUUUUUGACAUACAAUUCAGAACUUUGUUUAUCUCUUGGACUUUGUUUGGCCAAUACAUUUUUUUUAAAUCUUUAAAAAGAACUGUGAUUGUUUUAGUGGGUAUUUUUCUAAGUAAAUGAAAACUUGUAUAAUGGUAUUUUAGAGAAUGCCAGAUAACUGCAUGCUUCAAGUUAAUGUUUUUCUCAUCACUUGUAUGUUUCUAACACAGCAUGGGACUUGAAUAAAACCAUCUUGGAAACUUAA